CCGCCCAUGUGCUCGUAUAAUUUGUACGUUGACCUGGCAGACUGCGUCAGUUCAGCCGUGGCUGCCGUCGAGAGAACAUGGGUCUCAAAGUAGCGCUCUUCGCCCUCAUUCUGGGGAGCUUUUUGGUCCCUGGCUAUUAUUGCGGAAACUUCGCUGAUAUUAUUCGCGGCUUGCCCGAUAAAUUUGAAGAGUCGCCGUCAAGCCGCGCGCUGUCAUGGCCAGUGCUAAAGCAUUCAACACCAAGAGCUCUCUUACCGUUCUACAUGAUUGCCGAGCACCUUCUCGACACGUUCUCGAACGGCGGUUUGAAGACACAGUUUCUUUCUUUGCAGAAAUCGUGUUCUUUGUCGUCCUUGACGGUACUGAUCAUACCAACGCUUCUGGCCGUCAUUGCAGCCGUCGCCAUCAUCGCCUUGUUAAUCCCUAACAUCAUCCUCACCGUCCUCGCUCUAGUCACCAACCUGUUGAGACUGACAGGAAAGCAAGGAAUUUUCAGAGCUGGAAUCAACGAGGAAUAUGGCAACUGCAACUCUCAGGUUCUCAGACUGAUUAAACACGACUGUGCUUAUCGAGCACGAGACCUCAACAUGGUUGCACUUGCAGAUAAAGAAUAUUACUUCUCGCACAGUUCAAUCAAACUCCGUUGGGAUGAGGCACAAGAUUUCUGCCGCGCUCGUUGCCAGCAGCUCGUGAGCAUUGAGGAUCCUUUCGAAGAAUCAGAACUGUUCUCUCACUUGAAAAGCAUGGCUGAUGAAAGUGGAGAAGUGGAGCCUUUCUGGACGUCCGGCUCGUACAAAAACGGCAAGUACAAGUGGCUGUCGACCGGCAGGGACUUUGGCCACAUCAACCUGGCGCCGCCACGUCAACGAGGCCGCCAGGUGGACUCGAGCUGCGUCGGCAUGGCGACGGUGCGCAACGAGACGGCGUGGAUCGGCGCCCCUUGCGAGCAGAUGAGCCGCUUUGUUUGCGAGAAGCCUCUGCAACUGGCUUACAGGGACCACUUCCUCUACGAACAGAUGAAGAGGGAAGAGGACGAAAAGAAGCAGCAGGAAGAUGAAUUGGCAGCUGCAACCACCGAAUUGACUCUUGAGGGCAACACCAUCCCCAUUCCGUCGGCACUCGAAACGAAAUUCAACGAGAUCAGGCGCAGAUACGGCUAGAGAUUUAAAGACGGCUUAGGGAAUUUCGGCCAGUUCAUGUUUUAAGAGAAUCUUUUGAGUUGCCUUUGGAUGGAGAGAGCUUAUGUCACCAUGGAGAUUAUUUUAUCAAUUUCUGCAAAUAUCUAGCCUGUUUUUAUACUUCCUUCCACAAUUAACUCCUAUUAUUACAAUCAAAAGCUGAUAUAUGGGACGUAAACACUAAAACAUUUAACCCAAAAUCGAGAUUAACCAUAGGAGCAUAGUAAUUUAUUGUAUUUAUUUUUGAGCAAAUCAAGAGUGAUUGUGUAAAACAGAGUGAAUAAAAACAUUAUUGUAAUUCAAAAAA